ACUGACGUCAGCGUUACUAAUCAGGAAAUACGGGCCGUUUUCCCCCCCUCGUCGUUUACUGAAACACAAAAGUAACAAUGAACACUCAAGAUUUGCAACGAUAUACGGGCCAACAACGCCAAAGUAAUCUUUUGGGGUUGUAAAUUCACGUCGAACUAAGUUUCGCGACCAUUCGCUUUUACCGGGACACCUGGAAUUUUUUUUUUUUUUUUUCCCGAGGAUGGAUGUUCCUCAACUCACCGAAGAUGAGAUGGCGGACAUUAAAAAAGAUCUCUCCCAACAUGGUCGGGCAGGUCCUGACACGCAUGCGGCACUACCUCUGUGAGAAGAUCCGGGCACGGUGCCACCUGGACUACCUGCGCUCCCGCCGGGUGCUGACCCGGGACGACGCCGAGGAGAUCAACAGCAAAAGCACACAGACCGGCAGGACGGGCUGGCUGCUGGACAUCCUCACCGAGAACCCCCGCGGCCUCGACGUCCUGAUCGACUCCAUCCGGGAGCUGCGCUCGCAAAACUUUGUCAUCCACAAGAUCACGGACGAAGUGCAGAAGGCCAAGAAUGAGAAGCUGGAGUCUCUCAGAGCCGCAGCUUCCAGUUCCUCACCCAAGAACGACCUCAGCCCUCCGUGUCCGGUCCACGAGCUCUCCGGUACAUUUUCAGACGAGUCCACCGUGGUUUUCUGCCCGGACGGACAACAAAGUCCCUCCUCCGCUUGGGAAGUCGGCGCCCGCCCCAGUGGGCCGUCGCUGCCGCACGCCGGCGCUCUGUUAUCGGUGGCCUCUUCCUCUUCCUCGACCCUCCCCAAGCCAGGAGACCCGGGAGCGCCCGCUCUGCCCGAGGAUGAGCAGGAGCAGUCGACGGCGCCGCUCUCCGGCAUCGAAGCGGUGUCGACGGGCUCCGCCGGCGGCGGAACGGAUCCCAAAUUCCAACCCCUGCGCUCUCGAUGCCUCACACCCUCGUCGCAUCGGAGCAACUUUUACUAGAAUAGAAUGUUUGCAUUAAAGGGAUAACCAGGUAUACAUGACACACCCACUAACCACGUUUUGCUGCUUGUUAUUACAGUAUAAUACAGUCACUACACUGUACGCCCAAACAUACACAUCUCUUGUGUAUAUAAUUGACACCUGUGAAAUUCCCCCCAAAAUACCCAAAUUAUGGUACAAACUAUCAUCACAUUUAAGUUAGCAUUAUCUGAUUUUAAAAUGUCAAAUAUGUCCUCUGCACUCGCUCUCGGAUUUAUUUUUGUACACAAAAGACAGAUUGGAGUGAAAUGUAUAACACAAGAGCUGUAUCCAAAAUUUAUGGAUUGAUUAAUGUUUUUUGGCAUUCAUCCACUUCCUGUAGCACUUGUUUUCGUUCAUUUUUUCUUGCUGAAAAUUGGGUCAUGAAAACAUUUUUAAUAUUCAUUUAUCAAAUCAAACACAAAUCGUUUUAUAAAGAACGUGGCAUAUAUUUUUGACUUUUUUUAAUUUGAUUAACGGGGUUAUUUGUAA